CCACAGUGGAAGGCGCCAAUUUGUUGCCAUUGUAACUUUGACAUAUGCUCACCGCUCGUAACGUUCUCACCCUACGAUAGUUUUAGUUCCACACUUGUAGGAAGUUCUUGAAUGGAAUCAGGUGUCGCACAGCUAGUGAAGUUUCCCAAGUUCUCCUCGAAGACAGUUCCGACAUGGCGACAUACGAAGAAGUGAAGGAUCUCCCAAACCAACCGUCCAAGUUCCUCAUCGACGUUAGGAACCUUGACGAGGUUCAGCAGACCGGCCAGAUUCCAACGAGCAUAGUCAUUCCAUUGCCAAAACUUGAAGAGGCUUUACGAUCAUCGAAUGACGCUUUCAAAAAAACCUACAACCGGGAGAAGCCAUCAAAUGACGCCGUCAUCAUUUUCCAUUGUAAGUUAGGUGGUCGCGCACAAAAAGCUACCGACGUAGCUAAAUCGCUUGGAUUCAAAAAUGCUAAAUGCUAUAAGGGCUCCUGGGAAGAAUGGGCCAAAAAACAGAAUAUUAAGAAGUAAGCCUACAUUAAAUACAUAUUUUCAAAACACAAUGAAUUGUAUACGUUUGUUCACUAAUUAUAAUAAUUGAAAUAUGAAAAACAUUUCUGGCUUUAAUAAAACUAUAAUAAAGAUCAA